AUGAAUGAAACAUAUUAAAAUCUGGUGUUAUAGUAUUUUGAAAAAUUGAAAAAAGUGCUUCCCCAAAAGCUAAAUUCUUAUAAAGAGACAAUACAUAAAUUCUAGGGAUAGGAUAAAUCCUAUUUUGGAGAUCAUAUAAUCGCAUUCAAAUAGGGAAUGCAAAUCAAAUAAAGUAAAAUAAAGGAAUUGACGUUAACAACCCUAAUUACCUUAGUAUCAAAAGGUUAUAUUGAUGGGGGCUUACAAGACAACACAGAAAACUUUUAAUAAUCUGAUUAAAUUGAAAUAACAGACACUGCAGGUAAAAAAAGAGAAUAACCUAUUAAUGUGAUUGAAUCACUGAUACAUUUAGUUCAAUAAUGCUUAGUAGAAAAGGAUGAGAUAAUUUCAUUAGCAUUAAAAUUAUUGAUAUCGCUUGUGAUGAAUCCAUAUUGUAAUAUGUAAUAUCAUGAGUUAACGAAAGUUAUUAAAACAAUAGUCUAUAUUUAUGCUCAAUCAAAGUCUUAAAAUAUUGACAGAUUAUGCAAAAGCAUUUUCUUAUAAAUUAUUUUGAUAACAUUUCAAGGAAGCAAUAGCGAUACCCUUGUAAAAAUAACUCUAGAUAAUGUGAUUAAUAAAGUUUCUGAAAUUAAAUAAUGUUAAUAUUGUGGGAAAGAAGGGAAGUUCGAAUGUAGAUAAAAUAAAGUAACAGUGUGCUCUUAUAGAUGUAAGAAAUAUAUUUAGGAGACAUUGGAAUUAAAAUAAAAAAAUUAUGAAAAUGCAUAAAAUCUCUUUGAUUUACUAAUUAGACUCUUAUCUCCAAAAUAAAAUUAAAUUAUUUUAUUAGAGGGAAUCUAUUUCAUAUGUGAUAAUUAUGAUUUCUCUGUGGAGGCAUAAAAUAUUUACAAUUUGAGUUCAUAUUUAUUGAAGUUCUGUUUAUAAAAUGAAUAAUAGUUAUAUUCACUAAGCUUUAAAAUAUUUUAAAGAUUAACAUUCAGUAAACAUAAAGAAAUGAUCAACCAAAUAAAUAUCUUCAUUAAUUAGAUCUACAUUAGUGUCCUCACAAACAAGAAUACUACUGAUUAACAUAAGUAAACAACAUUAGAAUCUCUAUGGAAGAUCUUUCAAAGAAAACAUGCCUCACUUGAGUUUUAUUUGAAUUAUGAUUGCAGUAUAAAGCAUGAAUUUUUAAUGGAAAAUAUUAUCAAUACAUUGCACAGCAUUUUUUAAUAAAAUGAGUAAUUCCGACCAGUGAUCACACAAAUUUAUCAAGCCAUUAUUCUGGGCAUAGAAUCGACCUUUAAUGAAAAGGCUAUAAGUAAUUCUUAAUAGGAGUAAUAACAGCCUUAGGAUAUAGAUGAAACUGUAUUUAUAAACUAAUUAGAGAUGCAAAGAUAAUAAAAGCAAGAAAUAUAAAAAGGAGUAGAUCUCUUUAAAAAGAAUCCUGAAAAAGGAGUCUCAUUUUUAAUAAAAGCAAAUAUAUUAUAAGAUGAUCCUGCUUCGAUUGCUCGAUUUUUAAUUGAAAAUAAAAGUUUGCCCAAAGAGUCUGUAGGAUAAUAUCUAGGUGGUCACCAUCCAAUCAAUAUAUAAGUGUUAAGUGAAUACACAAAUUUUUUGAAAUUUCAUAAUAUUAUCGAUUUGUUUACUUUACCACCAGAAUCCUAAUAGAUUGAUAGAGUAGUUUAAAAGUUUGCUGAUAAAUUUUAUGAAGACAAUUAAAGCAAUGCGUAUUUCCACUUUAAAUCCAGCAGCAGCAUUUAUACUUUUACUUAUCUCUUAGUCAUGUUAUAAACUGAUUUGCACAAUCCAAAAGUUGUUGAAAAAAUGAAAUUAACAGAUUUCAUUAAAUUGGCCAGAUAAAUAAAUGAUGGAGAGGAUUUACCAUCAGAAUAUCUCACAGUAACUUAUCACUCAAUUUAAAAAAAUCCCCUUGCUGUUAGAGAAUCUAAUACACCUAUGAAUUCACUCACUCCUAAUUAAUAUUAGAAAUAGAUGGAGGAACUCUUAAAGAAGAUUAAAGAUUUAAUAAAAAGAUAAUCUAAUUCUAAUUAUAUUUAAAUUGAUUAAGAAACAAUUUUGUUAUCAAAGGGUUUAUUUGAAUAAUUUUCAGGAAAAUUUUUAGAAAUACUGUUAGUAACUUAUGAAAACACACCGAAUGGUGAUUCUUUAAUUAAAAGCAUCCUUUAAUUAAUAAAGUUGUCUUCAAAAUUAUCUAUGAAAAUUGAAAGUUUGGUUUAAGAAGUUAUAAAAGUAGGGUUGAAUAGUUUAAAAAAAGGAAGUACUAUGUUAAUGAUUAGUUUAUUAUCAACAAUUCCAACUAUUGGGAAUUCAUUACACGAAUAAGGAUGGAAAUGUGUUUUAGAGGCUGUAAGUUAAAUGGAUGAGUUCAGAUUGUUAGAUUCAGAUCACACAGAAAAAGUGUUUAUGUGUUCAAAGGAUUUAGAUAAUUCAUCUAUUGAGGAAUUUAUACUUUAACUAUGUUAGUUAUCAAAAUAAGAAAUCAUUUAAAAACAUCGUAUUUACUCUUUAUAAAAACUUGUUGAAGUCAGUGAUUAUAAUAUGGAUAGAGUCAAAGUCAUAUGGAAUAGGCUAUGGUCAAUUGUAAGUCAGCAUAUUCAAGAAACAGUGUCAGUCAGAGUUAAAAAGAUUACUAUUGUUGCUGUUGAUUCAUUAAAAUAAUUAAAUAUGAAAUUCUUAUCGAAAGAAGAAUUGUAUAACAUAGAAUUUUAAAGAGAGGUCUUAAAGCCAUUUGAAUUAAUCUACAAUAAUAGUGAUAUUGAGGAAAAGGAAUUUGUAUUGUUAUGCGUAAAAUAAAUUCUUCAAAAUAGUAAGACUUACAUCAAGAGCGGAUAUAAGGUCAUUUUUAAUUUAAUAAAUCUUGGCUUAAAAGAAGAAAAUGAUACACUUUCAAAGUUAGCAUUUGAUCUCUUAAGAUUUAUAGAAAUAUAAGAAUUAAUAUUGAUCGAUUUAAUUUAAACCUAUUAGAUUCUAGGUAAAAAGGAUAAUGAAAAUAUGGCAAUUAAUUCAAUUGAUUUUGUUAAACAAUGUUAACGUUUUAUGAUAACACAAGAGUAAUAAACCUUGCAGGUUCCCCUCUUAGGAAUUCUGUCAAAUUUGGCAGGGGAUAAAAGAAUUCAAAUAUAAACUUAGGCAGUUGAAACAUUAUUUUACAUUUUAGAAGAGAAAGGUAAUUUAUUUAAUGAGGAAUAUUGGAUAAUGAUAUUUUCUUCUGUUUUAAGACCCAUAUUUGAUGAGAUUUAAUUUACUUUAAGUACAAAUCCAGAACUCAAUUAAUACUGGUUUAAGGAUAGUUGUCAAAAAGUAUUUCAAAAUAUUUCAAGUUUAAUCAAGAAACAUUACACUAAAUUAAAAGGAUAAUUACCAGAUUUUCUAAAAUUAUUCUAGAAUUGUAUUCAGAAUUAGAAUGAAAAAUUAGCACAACUAAGUAUUUAAGCUUUCAAAACUAUGAUUAUGGAGAAAGGGUUACAAUUUGAAUAGAAAGAUUGGGAAUUAAUAUUGUCAUUUAUUCAAUAGAUGCUUAAAUAUACGAUACCAACUAAACUUAGAGAUAUCGACUAAUCUCGAUAAAAAUCACUGUAAACUGUUACAAACAAUAUAAUUAAUGAAUGCUACAGUCAAUGUGCUGCUUAAUUACUAUUAAUUUAAACCAGCAGAGACAUUUGCGAACUCUAUCAUUAAAAUUGGAGUCUAAGUUAAUUAGAUAAUCUAGAAGUCACCUUCUAUGAAUCAUAUUAAUUUGCUAAGUUAUUCAAUCAAUAGAUUGAACAAAGAUACAAUAUUUGGAAGUCAGGAUUCAUGUAAGAUAUGAAUGUGCUUCCCGGUUUACUAAGACAAGAAAGGGAAGCAUUUUCUUGCAUGAUUAUGAUUAUCUAAUUUAAAAUAGAAAUUUUGAAAUAAGAAUAAUUGAAGGUACAUCAACAAAACUAGGAGUAAGUUAAUGAAGAAUUACAAAUUAAAGAACCAUAUGAAGUAGUUUUAAAUAGGUAUUUACAUAUAUUAUUGGACUCUAUUAAGUAAUUUAAUUCUAAGCAUAUUUAAUUUAUUAAUCAAUAACAAGAAAGUGGAGAAGAUCCUCUCUAUAAGAUUAGGCAGUAUGAAACGGAAAGAGAUAUUUAAAAUCUCAGAACUCUAUUGGAUGUUUCUAUUUUACCAAGAAUUUUGUUAUUGAGUGAUUAAGAGAUAAAACUAAAAUUAAAUGAAUUUUAUGAAUAAUUGUUGAAUGCAUGCAGCUUUGUCAGUGAAUACUGCAUAUUACAAAUGGGGUGUUAGGAUUGUAAAAAGUGUGUUAGAUGCUUAAAUUAAUAGAAAAAUAAUCUGUUUUUUCAAAUAAAGAAAUGCUUACUAAAAUUGUUUGAGUUAAAAUGA